UCAGAAGAAGACCAAUAUUUGUUUCGGAAUCAACUAUGCAGACUACAAAGAGAAUUCCGAAAGGUCAGGCUACGAUCUUUGAACGGACUAAUCUGGAAAAAGACUGCAAAGAAUACCGAGAUGUGAGUCGACGCUUCCACAAAACAGUGCCGGAGCACAAGGCCUCUAUUAUGAGGGUGGAAAAAAUAAAAAAUGACCAUUUAUCCCGAAAUUACAAAAGCAAGCUCCAAUAUAUGAAGGACAGACAAAAACCUACCCGUGAAAAGUUGUUGUUCCAUGGUACUACACCAGAUGUUGUUGAUGCCAUAUGCACACACAAUUUUGAUCACAGAGUGCGUGGGAAGAAUGGGACAAAGUAUGGGCAAGGAAGCUAUUUUGCUGUGGACGCAUCUUUCAGCAAGAGCUAUAGCAAUCCUGAUGAAGAGAAAACGAGAUACAUGUUUCUGGCAAAAGUGUUGACAGGAGAAUUUAAGAGUGGAAAGCAAAGCUUUCUCCGACCGCCAUUGAAGGAUCCGAGCAAUCCGGCAGGUGAUAUGUAUGAUUCUUGUGUUGACGACGAAAAUCAACCUAAAAUUUUUGUCAUUUUUUCUGAACAACAGUGCUUUCCUUUGUAUUUGAUUAAAUAUCACUUGCAAUAGUUUUAAAUUUCGAAGCCAUAUACAUCACCAUACUAUCCCUUUUAUCUAAUCAAAUAUCAGUUGUUGGUAUAUACUACAACAGUGGAUAGCGUUAAAGACGCGCUCUGAUUGGCAAGUCAAACUCCGAGUAUCCUUUGCUAUUUACCUCUGAGCAACUCUGGAAAAAAUGGCUUCCCAGUUUGCAUCCGUGACAAGCGAAAAAAUCACUCAAAUUAACGAAGCAGCAGUCCCUGAAAACACAAAAUAA